GACCGCUUCUGGCUGCGAGGUAUUCCUUGGAAAUCGCCGCUCCCAGAAGGCAAUUGGCAGCCCCGUCGGCAGGAAAAGCGACAGCGAUAGCGAUAGCGACUCCCCGACAUAUGGGCAAGCAAGGGUCCACGCCGUGCUCCCCCCGCACCACCGCGUUCGAGCCCUCGGCAAAGCACCCCGACGUAGAUGUCGUGGCGACUUCUAGGGAUAGGUUUUUGGAGCAACUUUUGGCCUUUCAAGAACGCUUAUUGGUCCAAUUUUUGGAGCACCAGGGCGCCGCCGUCAAAAUGGAUGAGGGUGAAGGCAAUGUCGGGACCGACCGCCAUGCCAUUGUUGACAUAAACCUUGAAGCACCAGAGCUAGACACGGAUGAAGAGCUUGAGAGCAGCAACGUUGUGGACGUGAAUAUGCCUUCAGACAUUCCACCUUCACCGAUUCAGGAUGAUCAACCUGCCACUUCUUUGGAACGAAUAGAAGACGACAAUGCUGAAGAAGGAACGCCCCCACCGCAGCACGAUGUACCCGAGAAAAACCCCACACCUGUCGCACAACACGAAGGAUUUGACGGUGUCGUUCCGAAUCCUCCGAACCCAACAAGUCCACCACCCACUGCCUCAUCAGACCGAAGAAAGCGACCUCUUGAUGCCACCACAAACUCAACGACGUCAACCGAAACGACACCUUCCACGUCAACUCCACCCGAAACUCCAUCCACAGAGCAUUCUCCUCCUCGUAAAGUUCGGCGCUCGGCAACUCCUGUUCGACAGUACCAGCCUCCAGUUGUCACGACAAACUUACGAUAUUUGAGCCAACAAGCUCUUGUUGCUUUUGAAGACAAAGCAAAAUCAACCUCAAAUUCCGUGGACGACGCAGCGGUAACAAGCGCAACAUUGACGGACGUCAUUCGCCUGCACACCGAGAAGGUGAAGCAGCUGCAAAAAGUCCCGAGUAAAAAGCGCCAACUCCCGCGACUCAAGGACCCAUGCCGCCCCAAAUGCCACUGGGACUUGCUGCUUGAAGAAAUGGCGUGGAUGGCUGCAGAUUUUACCGAAGAACGCCACUGGAAGCGCGCUGCUGCGUGGCGGUUCGCCCGGGAUUCCUGCGAAGCUAAAUGUGCCGAAAAGAAGUCGCAAGAACAGGAUAAACGAAAACUGGCGAGGCAGGUGGCGGUGCACAUCUCGUCUUUUUGGCGAGCAAUGGAAAGGAUUGCAGCGAGGUACCAAACACGUUCGUCAUCCACGUCGUUGACAUUCGAGCGCCACUUGUCCAUUGCUAAAGACCCGUCGUCGCCGCGGCAACGAGGUGUGGCCGACGCAAUAUUGGCCUUUGAGUGGAUGCGAACGGGAGACAAUCCUCGCAUUCGAGACGUGGUUAUUGACCUGUUUGAUCUGUCGAAACGAGCACGUGAAGCCAUGAAGAAGAACUCGGCAGUCGACAGCAAGUAUGCAAGUCUCAAGCUGGCACAAUUUCAGUGGAAUGCACUGCAGUUUAUGCUUGCAUUGAAGCAAGGCGGUCACAACCUCAUAUUGAACGAUCAACUAGGGACGGGCAAACCUUAUACGGUGUCGCUGUUCCUCCACGCGUUAUCUCGUUUGGAGGACGAGCAGACCGUACCGCACUUGGUCGUUGUCCCGGACGCGGAAGUGCACAAAUGGGUCCAUUACAUCAAAAUCUUGCACCCCCACCGUCGCAUUCAAUUGUACCAUGGCUCUUCCACGGAACGGUUAAGACAUCGUCGGGCGUGGGACCAAGAGUACAUGCAGGCUCUGGAAAGCGCGAAUGACGUCGUCCCAGUGUACUGCUGUAUCGUCGCCCACUCCGUAUUUAUCGAAGACGCCACGGCCGUGUUCAUUCCGCAACCGUGGCAUGCCAUUGUGAUCGAAGACAUGGGGCACACGGUUGAUUCACCGCAAGCGUACACGGGACUGCAGAACUGCUCGAGUCGGGUGGUUGUGUGCGAAAUGGCGCUGGAUCAAUGGGCGACAGACCGGACGGCGUUAUGGGGUGAAUUUUUAUUGAAGCACACUCUUGAGACCGAGUGGAACGUGCUCGAGUGGGAUGAAUUGAACUUGGCCGAAGCAGGGUCUGUACAGCGAAUGAUGAAGCACGCUGGAAUGUCGUUCAAAGACGAAUCGUCGUGUCUUCACAUCGCAUUGCGGGCGUUGACGCUGGGACGGCUUCGGAACGACAUGGAGGCGCAGCUGGGGAAAGUGGAAGAGCAGACGGUCGCCUGCAACAUGACAUCGUCCCAGCUAAAAUACUACAACAAUGCAGUCACGGCCUUCAACAGCGCGGCAGACAAAGACACUCUUGACCACUGGCUCCGUUUCAUCCUGCGGCUACGGUCGGUGUGCAAUGGAGUCGACGUGCUUCAGGAUUUUGAACGGUUGUGUGUCGUGGACCGAGUGAUGCUGGAAAGCUGCUCGGCAAAGCUCAAGAUAAUGAUGGAGCUGCUGGAUCGAUUGGUGCACCAAGACAAUUCCCGAGUGGUGCUGUAUGUUCAGAGCGACAUCAUGUUGCCUGCGGUUGAGUACGCUGUGAUGAACCACUUGAACAUUCCAUGUGUUCGAGUCACUGGGUCGGUGUCGAGCCAGCACCGAGCGUUGACGCAUUUUGCGUCUACGGACUCGGUCCGCGUUGCAAUAAUAUCAAGUCGUGCUCGAACAAUUGGAAGCAAUCGAGCAGCCUGUGUGUAUGGAGCUCAAGCAGUGGUUGUGCUCGACAGCGAUUGGGACCCCGUGUGUGAUGCCAAACUCCGCGCGGCGUGGCAUCUUCUCGCGGUGAAUGGCGACCUCACUGUCUAUCGAUUGUACUGUGAGAACACAAUUGAAGCGUCACUGUUGCGGGUCGGUUCAACCGUGUCAGAAAAACUAUUUGGUGAAAUGACGCCAGUGGAGUGCAUUGCGUCUCCGCUUUUCAAGUCGGACGUGUGUCCUUCGUGGUGGAGUGCGUCCAUCAACGUCGACAUGUCAAUGGCGUUGUUGAAAGCCGAGUUGCUUGAAAAAUACUGCGGCAAUGUCGAGAACCUCGAGUGGUUCCACUUGGAGGCGCCACUUACGACCGGUGGCGAGCUAGACACGGAAGAGCAUUUGCUGCUGUCCAACAGCGACGAACUCACACCUGUCGAAUGGUAUGCCGUGCAUUUGGUGCAGUCCUUGAAAGAAAAGCAGUUUCCUCGUUCGAUGCCGAAAGUUGCCAAACCGGAUGCCAGCGCCACCAACGAUUCGUCACCAGUGUCGUUUAACGAGAUGGUCACGGCACGGAAUCGCGACAAGUGGAAAAAAGAAUCUACAGCCUCGUUGUUCUACGACGGCAAUCAACCUUCGUGUGCCGUCGUGCAAUCUCUCCGACUCGAAGGCAUUCACGCGACGUAUGACGUCUUUGAGUCACCGGAACCCGUGCCUGGAGAUGUGGUACUCGACACUCGCGACGACCAGCCAUUCACUGUUACGUUUCGUGCGCGCAAGCCUCCAUCUCUGGCGUCUCCAACGGACAAGCUGAAAGUGUCAGAUCUGAAGCCUAUCAAGGUCAAGAAGGCUAAAGUUCCAGGAAAGGUUAGUGUAUCGGAUGACGCAUUAAAGCGCAAAGCUGCCAACAUUGACGGCAAGAAAAGCACCGACUACGAAGGGUUCCCACUUCCCGAACCGUCGGCAGGCUUUGACGACGAUGGGUUUUGGGGAGAUACGAACUUGGACGCGUUGGACUCGGUGUCGUGGGAUGACACUUCCAUUCUCGGUGGCAUUCAAGUGCAAGGGCUGCCUGACCCAGCACCGACGAAAAAGCUGAAAACGUCGGCGGCAGCAGCAACGUCGGCGUCAAAUCUGUUGCAGCGACCUCGAAAACAAGUCGCUGAAGCGAGCCGAGAAGGGUGGAGUUAUGUGGAAGAAGGGCUGCUGAAGAAGUUGCACGACAUGUAUGGCCCCAACUGGAACCUGAUUGCUCAAAUUCUCACGCGUCAAGCCAUGGUCAAACGUCGGUCUGCUCGUCAAUGUCAGGAAAAGUUCCAGCGCUUGAUGAUGCCAAACAAAGACAAACCAGUCAAGGUGAAACCCCUCGCGCUUUCCCCCGCUGCCGUGAGUUCCCGCGUCGGCCUGCACACUGGCGGUGUAUUGCUGAAGUACCCCAGUACAACAUUUGGCAUUCCACCUCCCUCAAUUCGCAAGAACUGGGUUCUCAAACAGCCGGUGCAGGACCACGAGCUUCGUCAUUUUCGAAGCACGAUGGAGGCAGUUUUGACGUCUGUCAAGAAGCAGUUGACGGCACCGCCGAUUCCUAUUCCGCUGACGUCAACCGCCCCCCAUGAAUCCCACGCUGCAAUUCUGGCGACACCUGCCCUGAGCCCCGAGGAAGUGAUCAAUAAGAGCAAGCUCCUUGCCACGUACCAAGCCGUGACCGUUGGCAACAUCGCACCUGCCUCUUCCUUCCCCGAUACGUCUGGCUUGGGUGGCCUCGAAAUCCCGGCUACCACUCGCGUGCCCCCCACCCCUGAUGCCCCAGCAUGGGGUGACUUGUCGCUUUUACACCAGAAUUUGACCCGUGCCGGAGCUGAGUCGGCGUCUGUCAUGCCCACUUCGUCGGGGGUCCCAGUGUCCACAUCCACCCUUUUGUACGUGAUUGAUCGAAUGCCAGAAAUCAAGGUCCAGAUCCAAGCCAUUUUGCACCGGCACGACUGCACAGAGAGCCAAAAAGUGGCGCUCAUCGCACGGCUCUUGAGCGCCACAAGCCAAGCGAAUGCUGUACCGUCGUCCACGUCUACCCAACCCGUCUUGCAGUCGUGAUCGCAGAACUCUCCCUGGUAGCAAUCAUCUCGCAGACGUGAACAAAACACGUAAUGAAGCCACCAAAUGUGACAUAAUUUUGAUUCACUCCCCAUCAGAAACGCCCCACUAAAAAAUGUUUAAACUAAUUGGAAACACGACGACUACAACCCCAC